GAUGUUCCCACAGAUCUUGCAUCGACACUUUCCUCCGGCUGGCAGGUCGCUGCUGUGGGGGGGGGGCUGCAUUCCUUGCCUGUGUUGCUGCCGGGCUGCCGAGGCUGGGUCUUGCUUGCCCGAAAGGCCCUCCCGUCUGCUCUUGACCGGCUCUCACCGACAUCUCCCCUCGGCCUGCGUCCUGUCCUGCUUGCCCGGGUGGCCGUUCUUCCAGUCUGCCCCUGGCUCCUGUCUCCACUUGGUGUGGGAGUCGAUACGUCAUCGCCAGCCCAGCACAGCUGUCUUCCUGAACAUUGUCCUUGAUCCAUUCAUCGCUCUGAUCCAUUCCUCGUCCUCGAUCCAUUCGCCACCGUCGACCCACCAUCGACCCACCAUCGAAUCAUUCACCACAGCCAUCCGUCGCCCAUGCGUCCCCUCCCCGCCUGCUCCAUCAUCUGCGCCCUCGUCUCGGCCGUAAUCGCAGAAUUCCAUGGUCGACCCAGCCCGUCUCCUGGAGCCGAGGUGCCUGCAUCCUCCAUUCAACCAAGCCCGGUCGUUGCAGCCGAGACAUCGGCAUCCCAUUCCCCAGUUGCGGCCGCGACCACAUCCGAGGCAUCGGCCUCUUCCGAGUCGUCCGGGUUCUCCCUGCCGCUCUCUGUCAUUGUGGUUCUGGCGGUACUGGGAGCGACACUGCUGGUGAUCGGCACCCGCUCGCUGAUCUACUACGUCUACAAGCCCGUCGUAAUCGAGGACCCCGACGACCGACCGAGGCCCAGCACCAGACCCCGUCCUGCAUCCGGAGCCAGACCGGGAGACCGACCGCCGCUGGACCAUCUCCCGCCCGAGAACGUCUUCAAAUCACCCAAGGGCCCAGACACCACUCUCUCGCGCCGCUCGAGCACCCGAUCGGAGGUGCUCGUCCACCAGGGUGUCGGCCACAGGAUCCUCGCUGUUGCCCCCGGAUCGCCGUAUUCGGCCGAAACCCAGCUCUCCUUUGGCUCCGAGUCGACCCUGACCUCCGCCAGCGACCGACCCCAUCUCUCGCCCAAGGCCGACCUUUCGGCAUUCGUCAUCCGCAAGCCGCCCGUCACCAUCAGCCAAAAGCUCUUUGGCACCCGCAACCCGCCCACCCUCGACCGCAGCGGCCAGUAUCCGGCCUUGGCCUCGUCCUCACCCCCGCUCGAUCCGUACCAAGCCAUGGAGUCUGGUGCUGUCCGCAACCCUCCCCUGUCGACGUUUUCGGAUCACAUUUAUUCGGUCUACGCCAACCAGCCCGGCACCAAGUCCAGCGGCUAUGCCCCCGACUUUCGCACCUUUGCCACCGUCCACGACCGGGUCAGCUCCAUCGAUCGCACCAGCACCAUCAAGACCGUCAAGACCCUCAGCACCGAAACCACCCGCCACUCGAGCAUCUACAUCUACCCGACCAUCACCCAGGCCGACCGACGCGAGGGCGGGUUCGACACCGUCAAAACCACGGAUCUGCUGGGCCUCUACCAGUCCAUGCCGAACCCAAAUCGCUCCAACAUACCGAUCCGCCUCGAGUCCAUCGCCGAAACGUCGGCUCCUCUGAAUGAGGCGACAACGCCCCAGGCCGAGCAGUACAUGCCUAUGCCCAUGCCCAUGCCCUUGUCCCGACAGCCAUUGCCACAGCCACUGCAACAGACUGCAUCGCCCAGGCAGCAGUAUCCGUCGCCGGGACAGCAAUCCGGCUUGCCGCCACUUCCGUCGCCAUCGUACCAGCGUGCCUUUCCUGAUGCAGAGCCCAUGACCCCAGAAGAGCGCUCGAUGCCCCCACGCGAUCCCCCCAUGAUCCCGAUCGACAUGGCCCUCACAGAUCGGCCUGUGCCCGAGUCACUACUGCUGUCCCGGCUCCAGCCCCAGCCCCGGACAGAUCUGGAUCCAGAAGAGACACAGAUCAAGGACGACGACGCACAGCGCCAGGGUAGCCGGCGACAGCGCCCGCCGCGGUCGACAGCACCCCGACGACUGAACUCGCGCAACCGGGCGGUCCCGUACCGCAAACGCACCUCCGACUCUGAUAAUGCCCAGCCAUCCCCGGAGCUGCCGACCGAUGCCGGCAAGAGCCACCGCACUGCACUCCAGAUCGAGAUCCCACCAAAGUCAUACCCUUCUGCUUUCUAUUCCCGGACCUCCGCCACCUCACCGAUCCCCGUGAUCCGACUGCAUCCAUCCGAGACGUACCAGUAACAAACUCGUGUGCCGGUCGAUGGUGAAUUUGGGUUGUCGCUUUGCGUCCUGCAGCGCAAGGCACGGCCCUUGCACCGUUGCCUGCCAGCCGGGCUUCUGUUCCACCUGCAGCCAUCCAAGCGAUGGAAGCGGGCGGCAAGCAGACGAGUGCUCUGCUAUCUUGCUUCUGUCCCCUCCCAUACAUGUCUACGAUCGCCACCACCACCGCCUCUAUCACUGCUCUGCUUGUAAUAUAACUACUGGCGAUGAAGCGUUGCAA